GGCACCCCCACAUCACAUUGCGCCGGCCGACUACCGCUGGGGCUAACUUGCCCGUCGCUCGCGCGGCAACGCACACAUACUCUCCUUUUGGCGCCGCAUCAGCCCUAGCACCCAACCUGUUGCCGUCACUCCACCGCCGCAGGACCUCCAGAGUAGCGCGCACCGAUAUACGCCAUAUACGCCGGGAUUCGCACAAGUUUGCAAUUUUUUUUCCAAACUGCAGUAUGGGUGAAAAUUGAUUCGUGCGGUCGACUGGAAAGAGUUUUAAAUGCGUAGAGCGGUGAAACAUUGCGAGGAUUGACGCUUGCGCGAGGAGAAAGAUCGGAGAGAGGAAAAAGGCGGGCCUCUAGUCGGAGCUUAGUCAGGUGCGCGCGCGCCGCUACGCACAGAGCUUCACGCAAGGCUUCGCUCGAAAAGCAGCGAGUGGAUUGUUUCGCCGUUGUUACCGUCAACCUUGGUUGACUUGAUCUUCGGGAUGACGAGCUCUGGCUGCCGUACCUUCCUGGCGCUCGCAACGGCGCUCACGAUCCUCGGCACCGUCAGCGGCUCGCCGCGCGGACACGCGCUCGCCAAGAGAAGCGCCGAUGCUAACGUUAUCGAGUAUCCGGAUUACGAGUAUCAGAGAGUUAUGCCAAAAAGAGCAGCACUUCUACUAGAUCGAUUGUUAGUGGCUUUGCAAAAAGCAGUUGAAAACGAUGAUGUAGGAAAAGAAAACUCUAACUCAUACGUCAGGUCACUACCGAACUUCUCAGAUAUGCCUGAUUCGCAGAGGAUGCAACUUUCUAACGAAAAAACGAUGGAUCUUCAACGGCGAGGCCAAGCAAAAGGUCGCGUUUAUUGGCGUUGUUACUUUAAUGCUGUGACAUGCUUUAAAAGGAAGUGAUUAUCCAUUAGAAAAGACGAGGCAUGGUGGUCUUUACUUUAAAAAUUGUUUUACUUCUUUCACUCAGUGUGGCUAUAGUAUUUUCAUACCAUUAUACGGAAAGAAUGGAGUUGCUAAAACAAUUAUCAUAAUAUCAGUAAAUUUGAGAAUAUAUUUUAAUUUUAUGUUUUAUAUUAUAUGUAAAUGAUUUCCAUAAAAAUACACGAAAUUAUAUUUAAGUCAUGCUGUGAAUAGAU